AUGCCAAUGGUGAAGCAUGGUGGUGAUAGCAUCAUGCUGUGUUGGUAUUUUUCAGAGACAGGGACUGGGGGACUUGCCAGGGUUGAGGAAAAGCUGAGCCCAGCAAAAUACAGAGAUAUCUUUAAUGAAAACCUGUUUCACAUCCCAUUGUUACUAGUUAUGCUGGGAGCCAGUAUAAUAGUGUCUGUCCAUGGUGUAGAUCUGCAUCAUCUCAACAAAGGAUGCCCACCCAGAAGCAUGGCAUUUCCACCAGUAGUGAGGGUCAGCCUGAAUAUCAGCGGGCAAGUCCAUAAUGUGGCAAAUGACAUCAGAAAACGCUCCACCUCACCCUGGGAAUACAGUCUUGAUAUUGAUCAGAACAGAUACCCCCAUGUCAUCGCUGAAGCUAAAUGCCAGCAUGAUGGAUGUUUGGAUUCUGAGGGUAACGUGGACUUCAGCAUGAAUUCUAUCCCCAUCAGACAGGAGAUGCUGGUCCUGCGUCGGGAGCUCAGAGGAUGCAACUACAACUUUAAAUUGGCAAAGAAGAUAGUUACUGUUGGCUGCACUUGCGUCAGACCCAUUAUCCAACAUAUAAUGUAG